AUGGCGGAUGGGUACUGGAACCAGCAGAGACAGCAUCAUCAACAACCUCCAGGUGGUCCUCCGAAACGUCACCGUUCCGAUUUCGAAGCUCCACCACCGUCUGCAAUGCCUACAGGCCAUGAGAUGCACAGUGGUUAUUUUCCGAGGGACGAGGAUCAUCAUGAUGUUCCCGAUACGAGAACUAUUGGUUCAGCGUAUGAUCGAUACCUCCAGAGCGUGCAAACACCUUCUAUGUCGUUGGGAGAACCAGGUCCUCGUAAUGGUGUUGCCAUGGGAAGGCCAGGAGGUAACGGUCAACCAAUGGAUGAGUUUAUGAUGAGACGUGGUGGAGUACUCCCUCCAGACCACGGUUCAAAUGGUCGGGGUAUGGGUUUUGAUCCACUUGAAUCUGUUGAUAGGCGUAACCGUGAACCACUUCCUCUACCUCCGGAUGCAUCCAACACUCUAUACGUUGAAGGACUUCCUUCUAAUUGCUCUAGGAGGGAAGUAGCUCAUAUAUUUCGACCUUUUGUAGGAUAUAGGGAAGUGAGACUUGUGACCAAAGACUCUAAACAUCGGAAUGGAGAUCCUAUUGUUCUUUGUUUUGUUGAUUUUACAAACCCUGCCUGUGCAGCGACUGCUCUAAGCACCUUACAAGGCUAUAGAAUGGAUGAAAGCGAGCCUGAUUCCAAGUUCUUACGGCUCCAGUUUUCAAGAAAACCAGGUUCAAGACCAGGACAACGAGGAAGAAGGUGA